AUGAAGUCCAAUGGCUCGCUUGUGUCUGAAUUUAUUAUCUUAGGAUUGUCUACACGUCCAGAAUUGGAAACUCCACUAUUCAUUUUGUUUUUGAUCAUUUACAUAGUGGCUUUGAUUGGUAACUUAAUUAUCCUUAUACUUUCCAUUAUUGACCCUGGUCUUGACACACCUAUGUACUUCUUCUUGGGAAUGUUGUCAUUUCUUGACAUCUGUUGUACAUCAGCUACUUUACCAAAAAUGCUCACAGGUUAUGUGACCAAAUCUAAAGUCAUACCAUAUUAUGGAUGUGUUGCCCAACUAUUCUUCUUCACUUGGCCCAUGGGUGUUGAGCUUCUACUACUUACAGUUAUGGCAUAUGACCGAUAUAUUGCAAUUGGCCAUCCACUGCGAUAUUCUACAAUAAUUAAUCGUAGAAUCUGCAUUAAUAUAGCGACCACUAUCACAGUUGUUGGCUCACUUAAUUCUGUUACACAUACAUAUUGUACUUUCCGACUCCCAUACUGUGAUGAUAACAAGAUAAACCAUUUUUUCUGUGAGAUAAUGCCUUUGCUAAAACUUGCGUGUGGAGAUACCUACAUAAAUGAGAUUGUGGUGUUUACUGCUGAUUUUAUCCUUGGCAUUUGCUGUUUCCUCCUUACUUGUAUUUCUUAUGUCUUUAUUAUUAACACUAUACUAAAAAUACGUUCCGCUGAAGGCAAACGCAAGGCUUUCUCCACGUGUGCCUCACACAUAAUAAUUGUGUCCAUGUAUUAUGGAGCUGUCAUUUUCACUUACAUCCGCCCCAGGUCGAGCCUGUCUUUAGAAAAAGAUAAAAUAGUGUCUGCUUUAUAUGCUGUGUUUACACCCACUUUGAAUCCUAUAAUAUAUAGUUUAAGGAAUAAAGAAGUCAAAGAGGCAUUUAGAAGGGCUGUUAAUAGACUAGUUAAUUUAAAGCACAUAAAGAAAUAG